ACAGAUAAUAAAUGAUACGUCCCUUUUGAAUAAUCAAUAGCCAGAGAAUUUCUGAGCAAAAAGAAUCUACAGCAAAUAGGAUUAAAAAGUAGACAUUACUUUUUAAUUGUCAAAUACAAAGUUCCCUAUAUAGGGAAAUCACUUAUAUUUAUGACAAGAAUUUGACAGGUAGAUAGAUAAAUAGGAAGGCAAGAAUCGUUGUGUAUCCGUUGAACGGUAGCUGAAAGGAAUUUCAAUAGAAUUUGAUUAAUAUUGAAAAAUAUUUGGAGAAGAAAAAAAAGGGUUCUCUUUUUCAUGCAUGCAUGCAUGAAUAGGUAGCGGAGGAAAGAAGGACAAAAUAAGCCUGAGGGAGAAUAGGUAGAGGAAUAAAGAAGGACAAAUUAAGCCCGAGGGAUCGAAUUUCUUUUGAUUUUGUGUCUUGCUAGAACAGAAAAUUAAACAUGAUGGGAAAUAGAAAGAGGGAAAUUGUUGAGGAUUUUGCAAUAAUAGGAGGGUUGAUAGGGGUACAAUUUAUGUAUGCAGGAAAUUCAGUGGUUUCUAGUUAUCUUAUGAUGUUAGGUUUCAAGCCUUCAUCUCUCAUUAUUUUGUCUUCCUUGGCCACAUUUCUCAUCCUUUCUCCUUUUUCCUUUAUGUUUGAAAGGAAUCAAUGGCCUAGGGGCAUGAGUUUGAAGUUAUUGAUACAGCUAUUUCUAAUUUCUUUUGGAGGGGUUACAUUGUUCCAAUCUUUGUUCAUGAAGGGAAUCAAACUUACUUCACCUGCAAUGGCAACAGCUAUGCCAAACCUUGCCCCAGGACUUAUCUUUCUCAUUGCUUGGGCUUUUGGAUUAGAGAAAGUGGAGUUAAGAUGCAAAUACAGCAGAGCUAAAAUAGCAGGAACAUUAUUGUGUGUUACAGGGGCUAUACUUAUGAGCCUAAUGCAAAGUAGCUCAAAUCCUAAAGAGGUGCCUUCUUCACCUCCUGAUCACAAGGACAAUUUUUUCGAUCCAGAAAAAAUCAAAGGUUCAAUGUAUCUCAUGGCAGCUAUCGUCGUGUUAUCAAGCAAUAUUGUCUUGCAGGCAGCAACAUUAGGAGAUUUUCCAGCACCAAUUUCCUUAUGUGCUAUAACUUCACUAAUAGGAAUGGUAUUGACUGGAAUUGUACAAUUGAUUCAACAAGGGAGUUUGGAGAUUGGAUUGCCCCUAUUAAAUAUCCGCGACUUGAUUGGCUACUCCUUAUUGGCAGGUAUUGUUAGUGGAGCAUGUGUAAGCUUCAAUAACUGGGCAAUGAAGAAAAGAGGGCCAGUCUUGGUUUCUGUAUUUAGUCCUGUUGGCACUGUGUUAACUGUGGUUCUUUCUGCUGUCACCUUGAGUGACACAAUUACUAUGGGAAGCCUUGCUGGUAUGUUUCUGAUGUUUACGGGUCUGUAUUUCGUGCUAUGGGCAAAAAGGAAAGAAGGAUUUCUAAAUAAUGAUAUCAACUCUUCAGAAAUAGCAUGACGGAAUAUGGGAAUCAACAUGUUGCUGUAUUUCUGGCGUUUUGUUUUCGUUCACUUUUGGAAGCAGAAAGAGUUAAGAUUUAAGAUUUAGACCACAUAUGCAAAUGAUCUUUUUUUGUAAAAAUUUAGAACUAUAUAUAUAAUUUAACCUCUGGAAAAGGGGAUUGAAUUAA